AUACGUUUCAACCAUUAUCUUUUUUGUUUUAGAGAAAGAAGAGAGAUCGGAAAGGCCCUUGCAUUUCUCAUGAACUGUGGAGUCGUGUUGGGUUUCUAUUGUUGGGGUUGGGAGUUCUUAACUGCCCUCCUUCUCUUCUCUUCUCCCCAAACCAUCCUUGAUCAUCAUCUUCUUCUUCUUCUUCUUUGAUUUGCUUCUUCCUUCAUCAACAUCGUUCUUUUUUAGUUUCUAUUAAUUUAGCGGUGUAUAUAUAUAUACAUAUAUAUAAUAUUAAAAUUCUUGCGCUCUAGAUCUCUGUGUCUCUUUAUAGUUCGGAUAUAUAUGGAAGGUGUUUGUGAAAAGGGGUUGUUGGAAUACAUGAGGAAGUCAACGCCACCACCUUUCCUGUUGAAGACAUACAUGUUGGUUGAAGAUCCUGUAACCGACGAUGUAAUCUCAUGGAACGCCGACGGCACGGCGUUCGUGGUCUGGCAGCCGGCGGAGUUCGCCCGAGAUCUCCUCCCAACACUCUUCAAGCAUAGCAACUUUUCCAGCUUUGUCAGGCAGCUCAAUACUUAUGGAUUCCGUAAAGUUGCAACGAGCCGGUGGGAGUUCUGCAACGAUAAGUUUCGAAAGGGUGAAAAAGAUCAGCUGUGUGAAAUACGAAGAAGAAAAGCAUGGGUGAACAAGCAGCAAUCUGUUGCCCUAACAGGGCAAGCUGAAGCUGCAGCAGUACAAGAUCAAUCUGAUGAAGAUCAAAGGUCUUCUUCAACUUCUUCGUCGUCCGGCUACAGCUCUCUCGUGGACGAAAACAAACGCCUCAAGCAGGAGAAUGGGGUGCUCAACACCGAGCUCUCAACCAUGAAAAGGAAGUGCAAGGAGCUUCUUGAUCUGGUGGCUAAGUGUGCGCAUAUGGAGAAAGAAGGUCAUGAAGGGCCAAAGCUUUUUGGAGUGACAUUGGAGGUUCAGGGAGAGAUGGAAAAGAAGAGAAAGAGGGUAGAAAUCAGUGAAAGCGCAAGCAUUUUACUAUCUCAAGCAUGCAAAUGAAAAAGAAAAAAAAAAAAAAAAAGUCACAUAUAAUAUUUAAGAAAUAAUUAAUAGAGAUGAGAGCAUAUGGUAUUUUUAAGCUUGUAUGGCUAGUAAUCAUAUAUGGUACUGCACGAUCGAGCUAUGAAGAUAGUUCGACCUCCAUAAUGUGUAAAUUAACGUGGACACUUAAAAAAGGUGGUGAAAAUAUAUAGGGCACUAGAUAACCCAUCGGAAUUUAAAUGGGGCAACAUUUGUUACAUGUUUCAGUUUAUUCAUAAUCAUUUAUCAGUAAUGUUGAUCUUCUAAGUGAGCAUGCAAAUAUGAUUUAUUCUUUUAAGGUU